AUGAUCAAAGUCUUCUCUUCCAUUCGAUCAACCUACCGUGCUGUCAGUGUGGCGAUUGAUGGCGAAAACAUUUCCAAUGACAUGCGACGCAGUCUUGAGCUUGUGCGCACGUGUAACCAAGACUUACAGGAGCUCAUUAGGCUCCGCAAUGAGAAUCUCCGUUUGCUUGAGAGACAACCGCAGAUACUUGAGCGUCUCAACUCAAUCAUCGAAAAAGUACACAAUGGACUACUCGACGCUUCUCGUAUUGUGGAGAAAUAUCGACCAGAGCUACAUUCGGACAAAAAAUCGCUAUCAAGUCAGAUAGCCUGGGCUCAUCGGGAUUCUCAAGAAUUUCAGGCCAUGGGACCAACCAUGAGCCAGCACAAUGCAACAAUUCUCGCAGAAAUUAGCUUCCUCAGAAGUCUUACUAUCAUCACCACACAAAGCAAGCACGAAGAAGCCAAGGAGAUUGAGAUUCUAGGCUCAGAUGACAAAACAUUGUUCAAUAACCUGGAGCUUCUAGAAGACUUUAUAGGUGAUGUAUCAGCAUCACCACCAGCACCGCCACCGCCUGCUUUCAACGUCAGUGCAAGGGCAAGCAUGCCUAACCUACUGAUGAAUCAAGAAUACUGUGAUCUACCGGAGCCUGUUGUUCCAAACAUAAUUCCUCAUCAGCAACCAAUGUCCAGCCUACUGACGCCAGAACAAGCAUCGGCUCUACGGCCACUAAGUGGAAAGACACUUGAAGAUGGCAACCAGCGCAACAGCCGGGUUGUCUUGAAUCAGGCAGAUCACUCCGGAUUAUCUCUGUUAUUUGGUGAUGAGCCAGAUCUAAGCUCUGACUUGUUGCCCAACGUCCAGCCUCAACACUCUCGAGCACAGUCAAGCGACUCAAUGCACAAGCCCUCCAUACCAUCAUUUUCACCAUCCUCGACAAACGGAGGGACUUCCGCAGAGCCCCGACCCUUCUAUGAGUCGGCCGCAUUUACUUUCACUUCCACCAACACCACCCACCAAUACAACAGCACAAUUGGCUUCAUUAUCAGCAACAAGUCUAAUAUCAAGAACUCAACAAGACGCCCGAUCAAGGCCGCGAACAAUGUCAUUUGCAGAACGCUAUGCGAAUUUGGCUGA